AUGUUUUACAUCCCAGGUGAAGCUAUUAAAACACUCAAACAGGUGUCUUAUUGUAUACCCGUUGGACUCAAAGCUGUAAGGAAUUAUCUACCUAAAGAGAAUACUCCAAAUAGUGUUACAUUAAUCUUAGACACCAUACCCAAUCUAGUUCCACCUCCUCCAGAAAUCCCACAGCCUUAUUUGGAUGCAGAUAGAAAAAUCACUGUUCCUGAUCCAAAAGAGGUGCAGUAUAUAAUAGCUAUCAGGAAUGAAUAUUUCACGCAAUAUAAAUCUCGUAUAGCUGCUGAAAGAGUGAGGUUAUUACGAGAAAUGAGUAGAUUUAUCGCUUGGACAUGUUUGAUACCCACUAUUACUGACUUGACAAUCUAUGAGAAAAAAGGUACUGCAUGGAAUGGUGAUCAUUUUAGUGCAUUAGAUUCUAUUAAGAAUUCCAUUUUGGUUGAACUUGUUGCUUUCGCCAGUACUUGUGAUCAAAAAGACUUAAAGGAAUUUAAGAAUCAAAUACCCAAGAUUAUAUUAGUUCAUCGAUAUCGCAAAACAAGGCUUGUUGUCAACGAAGAAGAAAUUGAACUAAGUAAUACUCUUGCCCUGAGUCAAGUUCCUCUCAAUGAUGAAGAUGCUGAUGAGGUUGUGGAUCAGGUUUUGGAUACCUAUGCUGAAAGAACGAUGAUUGUUAAUUUAUGUGAUUUGCGAGUGAGAACUUCAAACUUUAGAGAAUUAGUUCAUAAUGGCUUACAUAACCCAAUUGAAUCAAACGAUGAUAUUUUUAAUGAAGAGUUCCCAGGUACUCCUGAUUUAGUUAUUGCUCCUUCUAUCAACGGAAAUGCUUCCAAUAAAUUAUUAGGAUAUUCGUGUGUCGAUCACAAUGUUGAAGAAAGGAAGAAGGCCGUGGUUUAUUUUUCACAUUUAGAUUUCGGAUUCCAAUUCUUUACUAGAUCGCUAUAUCAUUAUGCCUUGGAAAAGCCGCUUCUUCAUUCAGGUAUUGAACCUUCAAGAAAUAAGGUAUCUGGUGUGAUAAAACAACAUCCAAGUAAGAAUAUUGUUCAUUUCUUUAAGAAAGUGACAGCAAUAGAUUUGGAAAACAAGACGAAUAACCAGUUUGUUAGUACAGCAAUCUGA